UUGGUGUUGGAUGAUGGGGAGCGGGUGGGUUCGACUUUUCCAAACUCUCCCAGAGUUCUUCAGCGCUUGAAGGUGUGUAGUUGCACUUUUCAUUCUCCUCCUAGUUUCGCUGGAGUUAAACUUGAGCCGCCAGGAACGUGCUGGUUAAACUGCAGUGUAAAUGAUCUGCAGUUCGGGAUUUUCAGAAAUUUCAGGUUGGCUAUCAAGAAAUGAAGGUUAUGAUGUCCUGUGUUGGACUGCGAAAUCUUCUCCAAGGGCUGAGCUUCAGUGUCAAGUACUACUCUAGCAUUAACCAUCUUCAAACAACAUGUCCUUGUAGUAAAAUUAAAGCAAAAAAAUGCCACAUCCUGAACUGUUCAGAAUGUACAUGCACACACAGGACCGCACCAUCUGGAAGCAUUCUGCCAUGGAGAUUCUUUUCCUGCAAGGAAGGAACAAGAAUCUCCUCCAAAAGGAAGCAAAAUACAUCCGUAGUAACAUCAGAGCUUUUGCACAAGAAUCUUCUGAAAUCAGAGCAGGAAAACUGGAAUGACAUUUCACCAAUAUACAAACCCAUGACAAAGAGAAUCAAAGAAAAACUAGAAGAAUUUCACAACAAGUACACAUUCAAUUCGGAAAGCCCAAGGAUGAGGUUUGGAGAGAAUGUGUACUUUGAAGAGAACGGCCGCAUAUUUCUUUCAAAAGCAGAUGCUGAUGAAGGAAAUGUUGACAUUUUAUUCAGUACUGACGAUCUUGGCUUUUCUGAUGCCUUUAUUCAACGAAUCAGAAUUUCACCAGAUCAGACAUACAUGGCCAUCAGCUUAAAAAGUGAAAGUUCUGAAGAAGCAACCUGCGUUAUUAUGAAACUUGGUCAUUUUCCUGUUGUGAAAAAAGUAAUUCCAAGUGUAUUUAGCUUUGAAUGGGCUGCAAAUGAUGUUCUGUAUUACACAACUCAGAAGAACCUUAAAUGCCAGAAUGUGUUUAUGACCACUUUCACUUAUCAGAAACAUACUAAGUUAGUUUAUACAGAACAAGAUGCAAGAUUCUUUGUAGACAUUUAUCUCACAAAAGACAGGCGUUUUCUCACUAUCAACAGCAACAGCAAGACAACCUCAGAAGUUUGGCUGGUUGACUGCAGAAAUCCUUUUGCAUUACCUGCACUUGUACAAGCACGAACAAAAGGGGUCAUUUACCACAUCGAGCAUAGAAAUGAUGAGUUAUAUAUUCUUACUACAUAUGGAGAACCUGCAGAAUAUAAGUUGAUGAAGGCACCAGUAGCUUCCAGCGGCAAGGAGAACUGGCAGUUAGUUUAUGCACUGGAAAAGAAAACAAAGCUAGUAGACUUUGAGAUGUUCAGUGAUGACUGUAUUAUGUUCCUGAAGAACGCUGGUCAUCUUUACCUAAAUGUGAUUUCUUUUGUUUCACACUCAGUUCAGUCAAUAAAGCUACCUACGUGGGCCUGUGAAUUUGAAUUGGAAUCUCAUCCUGAACAUACCACCAGCACUUGCUAUUUUCAGCUGUCCUCCCCAGUACACCCCCCUAAAUGUUUUGCAUAUUCAUUUAAAGAAAAUAAUCUCAUUGAACAAGCUGUGCAAGAGGUACCAAUUAUUACGAAUUGUCACACUACACGUUUACUAGCUAAAAGCAAGGAUGAAACUUUGGUGCCAAUUACAGUUUUUCAUAAUAUGAAUUCUGAAGAGCUACACAGGAAACCACUUCUAGUUCAUGUAUAUGGAGCUUAUGGCAUAGAUUUGAACAUGAGCUUUAAAGAAGAGAAGCUGAUGUUAAUUGAAGAGGGUUGGAUAUUAGCAUAUUGCCAUGUUAGGGGUGGAGGAGAACUAGGCCUUAGCUGGCACAAAGAUGGAUGUCAGCAUAAUAAACUCAAAGGUCUCCAUGACCUUAAGGCUUGCAUCAUGCUGCUGCACGAACUGGGGUUUUCUCAGCCAAAACACACAGCACUGGCAGCUGCCAGUGCUGGAGGAGUUCUUGCAGGAGCCCUGUGCAACACUGAUCCAGAACUGAUCAGAGCCAUGGUUUUACAGGCUCCUUUUGUAGAUGUUCUAAAUACAAUGAUGAAAGCUCAUCUCCCACUGACAAUUGAGGAACAAGAAGAAUGGGGAAAUCCAUUAGAAGAUGAAAAAUGUAUGAAGUAUAUCAAAAGCUAUUGUCCAUACCAGAAUAUUAAGCCACAGUGUUAUCCUUCAGUUUUUAUCACGGCAUAUGAAAAUGAUCAGCGGAUACCACUAACAGGAGUCUUACGAUAUGUUCAGAAACUGAGGAAGGCUGCACUAGAUCAUGCCAGCAGAACAAGUAAGAAAGGAAAUUGGAUUCCUAAUAUCAUCUUAGAUGUCCAGGCAAAUGGCAGCCACUGUGAUUCAUCUUGGGAGCACUCAGUGAGUGAGGUCGCAAGACACCUUGCUUUUCUGAAUAAAGAACUUGAGGAAGUAUGCCAUCUCCAACAUCAUAGCAAAUCCUGCAGAUAGCUAAUAAACACAAUGACCACCUGAAGAACUUUGGGUUGGAUUUUUAUUUAUAUGGAAAGCAAACACCUUCUCCAGAGGAUCUUUGCUCCUGGAUCCCUGCUUUAUGGGCAUAAAGUGCACAAAGCUGGGUGUGGCAUUGGCUUAUAAACAUACAGACCAAGAACUGAAUGUCUCUGCUGCCUGGUAGUACAGAAGUAGCUGCCAGCAUAAAUCAGUUUGUUCAGUAAGUUCUGUUCACACAAGCCAGCAGUGCAGCGCUACACGAGCGGAGCUGAGUGCAGCAACGGGCACAUAAAGCCUCACGUGAGUAGCACAUGCACUUUGUACAGGGAGCCUCUCCAUCCUAAGCCAUCUCUUGUAAGACCACCUUUUACACAAGGCAGUAAAACUCCUAAGUAGUAUUUGAUGAAAAAGUCUCACUAUUUCUAAAACUAAUUCCCAUAUGUAGGUGAUGAUGACUGUUGCCCUUCCUAUCUACACAGCAGUCAUAGUGUACUGAUCAUAUGGUGGGAUCGAUCAAACUGCAAAGAAAUGGACUCUCAAGAACAGCAACUUUAGCAGAACUCUUUGAUCUGAGCAGAUUAAAAAUCUUGCAGUUACCUUAACUACCAUGGUAAUCUUAAGAAGGAGGUGCCAAAGUCCCUCUUGGAAGACAAGAUGAAUGCCCCAGAGGAUGAUGCCAGAGUCUCUCCAGAGGAUAAAACAAAAAGAAUGCCCCCACUGAAGCAGCCCAAUUCAUAGCUUAGCUGCCCUCUAAGCAAGGCACAAACCAGCUGUGCAUUGCUUGCUAAAAUACAUGCUUGGUGCACGCCUAGGGCCAGCAGUGGGUGGAAGAUACACUGUGGCCAUACUGUCCUCAAACCAAAACAAAGUUCCCCCGAUGGACCCCUGUGCCCACAGCAGACUGCACCAAGUCAAAUGCUGACUCUUCCUUUGGGCCACAUCAGCCACUGUAGGUGCAGCAAAUGCAAAUCAAAGCACAAGUGUGACAAUCAGCUUCAGCUGUGACAGUUGCUUCAGCUGCAUACUCUGAACUGAAGUACACACCCCUCACCUCAGCCUUAGGGUAGGAAGAGAAGUAAGAGAAUGCAAAUGUAUUCUAAUUCAGCAGGGAGGGGAGGAAUCAAUUUGAAAUGCAGCCCUGAGUGUAGAAUUAGAUGUAUUAGCUAUAUUUUGUUCUUUUCCUUACUAACUUUGAGGAUAAUCAGAGCUGUUAGAGUUGAGACAUGUAUCAGUCCUGCUUGUGUUUACCUGUUUUAGCAAAUACAGGGCCACUCCUUUAGAAUAAGUUUCACAAAUCUACACAUUUGUUAACAUUAAUUAUGAACUGCCACAGGCUUUGGAGCUCUUAAUAACCAGCAACUGUAAGAGGUAGCACCCAAAAAGCAACUGUUGUCUUUCCUCCCAAAAAUACACACACUUUAACAGGACAGUUUUUUAUAGGUUUACUUUUCUUCUCCACAGAUCCUAAAGGGGAGUUUAUACCAUACUUUUCAUCACCAAUUCACAUACAAGGCAUUAGGUGUCUGUUUUAGUUUUCAGGUUAUUUUGUACAAAGUUUGAAAAGCCAAAGAAAACUGAAUGUUUUUAGCAUUUCCUUGAAACCAAUAUCUUCUAAAUUAACACGAAAGCUUAGUUAUUCUACUCCUGUACUCAACAGUUCAUGUAGAGUAAAUUUAAGGCCAUGGAAUAACAAGCUUUUUCUGCCACAAAACACUUCCCUUGAAAAGCUUCCAUAGUAUGGACAGGCUUUGCUGUUUUAUAUUCGAGGACCAGGCCUUCUCCCAUUUCAGUUUUAAUUAGUUUGGUGGAGACACCUUUACCAGCAUUGCUAAAAUUAGUACUUAGCCUUAUAACAGCUUCAGAGGGAAGAUUAGGAACUAUAGCUGUCAGGUCUAUUGUCGAUUCCUGCCCGAAGUUGAGGACCAUCAUGAAGGUUCUGUCUAACCCAUCCAGUUCCCUCACAUACACAAACACGUUACUGUCAUUCCAGAUGUAGCACAUCCAGCCCCGAUUGAUGGGGAGCUCGUUGUUGCGAAGUUGCGUCAGCUCUCUGUACAAAUUCAGGGUUGAGUUGGACCAGGUCCUCUGGAUCUGCAACAGUCAGUGUGAACAGGGUCAGUUCUUGGCACUGCAUGUAGGGAAUGCAGCUUCCCUCUCACGCCCACUCGGUCUGCUGAGAACGCGCCUAUUGGAUUUUGACAAUUAUCUCUCUUCAAAUUUGUCCACAAAUUUCACUGGAAAACUGCUUUUUCUCACACACUUACCAGGCAUUUGUGAAAUGGCAGAGACACAGGCUAUUAGACACAAUGACUCCCCAGCACUAAUGCUAUUGCUUUCUCCCACAGCCUCCUUUUAGCAGUGCUGAUUCAGGAGAAAGCUGCAGCCAUUCAAAGCUUGACUCUGAACCUUUUUCUUUGAGUCUAAUCUACUGAAGUCACAGGGUUUAUUUCAUGUUUUAUAUUUUUGGUAUCUUAGAUUUUUUUUUUUCUGGUCUUCAAUUCUGGUCAGCACUGUAGGUCAGCAAAAUCUCUUUGCUUCAGUGCUCUACAUGUGUUAGAGAUAGUCUGUGUUAAGUUCUUGUUACACAGACAGUGCUUUCUGUGGCAAUAGAAAUGGGGGGAAAAAAAGACCCGUUUCCAAUUUAAUAUUGUCCUAGUUACAGGGGCCGGGACCAGUUUAUCACUAUGUGAGUAUAACCAAAACUGUGUAUUCUACACCCUCUAUGUUAUUUCUGAUGGACUGUUAAUAAACGAAUUGUUUGCAGCAGCUGCCCAGGGCACACCUGACACCUCAGGCUACAAGCUGGGUGUUAAAGAAACCCUGUGAGGCAGGGGAGUGAUCUUUUGUUUUCACACCUAUGACUCAGCUGUGAUAACUCCCCUCCAGAAAGGCAUUAACACCUUCACACCCAGCCUGAGGGGUCAUCUCUGCUAAUGGGCCACCUUGGACUGGUGGCCCAUGGACAUAGCUGCAACAACUAGACCAUCAAAGAUUCCAAAAAUAUCCCAUGACUCACAGAGUUAAAUCACCCAUUGUGAAACUCCCCAUCCUGGGGGACGUACUGGACGUUGCCACCUGAACUUGAGCAUAUAUAAACUUCAGGUGUGGGGACUUCUGGUACCACUCAGAUCAAGAGAAGGACCAGGACUUCAACAGGACUGCGAUCAUCAUCUGGACCAACAGCUUUUCCUUUCCUUCUACUUUGCAUCCAGAGGGGCUGUGUAGUGCUCAGUACAGGGGCUGACGAACAUUGUUCUGUUUUUGUCCCAGGGUGCUGGGUUAUACAUCUGUCUUUAGGGGUUAAAACCACUUUUCUCUGUAUCAUUGUAUUGUAAUCUUCUUAGUAAAUUGUAACUCUGACUUGUAA